CCAAGUUCCCCCGCGCUAUAAGCACUUGUUCAAACUCCGCGCCUUCACCAUCGGCAAUAACACGAAAGGCAUUUGUCAGGAUGGACAGCGCGACCGCUACGACCGACAAGAGACAGUCUUCUUCACGGCGGCAGCAGAAGCAAGCCGGCCCACCCGGAAAACCCAGCAAGGCGUGCGUGCCUUGUCGCGCGCGCAAAGUAAAGUGUGAUGCUGCGCUGAGGGGAUUGCCUUGUAGUGGUUGUGUCAGUAGACAAUGCCCUGAAAGCUGUGUCCUGUCGGCUCGCAAGCGCCGUAAGAGAGCCGAAAGCUCACUCGCCUCCCCGAGGAAGGGCGAAAGUCUGAUACAACGAGGAGAUGUAUAUGUCUUGUCAUCCCCCCCGGAUUACGCCACAGACAGUGGCCAGUCAACUCAUGCAGAAGAUCUUGGUUCAGAAAAGCUUGAUGAAGCCGCUUGUGCCGAGAGAUUCUCUCAUUGUCAUCACAUCUCUGACCCUUUGAGUUGCCAAUUACAUUACCUCAAUGUCCUGAAAGAUGCCGUACAUGACACGGCGUCUAACCAACAGCAUGGGGGCCCCAUUAAUGCUUCCAACCCAAGACAAGAGGAUAAUUUGACCUCCCAGAUCCGAAUUUUGUCCAAGUUACCGCAGCUGGAUGACUCCUACAAAGAAUUCCUUACCAAGAAAGGAGUCUUUGACUUACCCCCUCAACGUUACUUGGACGUUCUUAUCAAGACUUACUUUGCUUAUGUCUAUCCUUUUGCUCCUGUGAUUGACAGGAUUGACUUCAUUCGAAACUACCGGGCGGGAAACUACUCACUCUUUUUGCUGUAUGCCAUGCUGGCGACUGCAACUCUUCACGCACCGCCAGAUGUCAUCUCCGGGUGUGGAUUUGAGGAUCGAUCCACAGCGCAAGCAUCUUUCUCUGGAAAGGCCACUCUGCUCCACGACUUUCACUUCGAGACUGAUCUCCUGCCAAUGCUACAGGGCUCUCUCAUCUUGGGCGUAGUUAUUCUCGACCAUUCGACGGACAAGGAUUAUCAUUACUGGUUCUACAACUCUACCCGCCUUGCUGUAAAGCUUGACAUUCAUAAAAUCUCCAUGCGAGACGACAAAUCGAGUAGAUUAUCCAAACUCUAUAGAAGGAUUUGGUUGCUUCUUUACUGCCGAGAUAGUUUUUUUCAUUUACUAUCCGGCACGCGGACCUUGCAGCUCAUCGGCAACGAUCCCCAGAUGAGGCCAAUCACGAAAAAUGAUUGGGAGCUUGAAGAGAUUCCAGUAGACUUCCAAUCGCUGCUACUCCCGAUAUCGAAUCGACAGAAGUGUUCUUUCAGUCUCCAUUGUGAAUUGGCUCAAAUCUUUGGACGUUUAUUGUCGGCUAUCACCAAUGAUCAAGAAAAGGACCCCAGACAAUUGAUCCGCCCGCUAGAUGCUUGGCGCAUGUCUCUGGCGGAGAAGAUGCAGAUUCGUGACCAAUCAUCCGACGGCGACAUGUAUUAUGCAGAAUUACGCGGGAGCAGCUACAGAUUCGAGUUUGUUAUAUGCCGUCUCAUUCGACGCCGGUGGCAGUCCCGAGAUGCCGAGCGUUGUGAGUGGGCAAAACAAAGGCUACGGUCAGCGAUAUUCGAGCUCGAUGCCAUUGCCGGUAGAAUGCUAGCAAACGGCACCAUACAGGAUUUCCCGGUGUCAUUCAUAACUGCUAUGCCAACCUUGCUUGCACUACACAUAGAGUCAGCUCUGGACACUUCGGAAACAGACCUUGUUCGAUCAAUGUCCCGAAUAUCCAUAAGCCAAAUGAUGCUAGUCCUUGGGGAACUGAAAGAGAUUCCUGUAAUCAAAAGAGCCAUCCCGAUUUUUGAAAUGGUGCUUUCGAAGAAAAGUCUCAGUUCUGCUCCACAUGCCACAGUUGAACAACAUAUGCCACAAACCCCAGCGGACGAAUGUACUCGAAAUGAGUCGAAUGACCAAUCGCGAAUGCAGUCUGGUGUCCUCUCAUUCCAGGAUGCGCAAGAAGAGUACACUUCAUUUCUUGGGGAGUUUAUGGACUUCGACGUCUUGGAUCGAUGGGAACUUGGGCAGUUAGACUUUCCAGGUACAUUUUGAGUGCGAUCUGGUUAAGGGGGAUCAUUCUACAUAUUUGGACUUCCAAUAUUUUACAACCUCGCUCAUACUUUUCUUUAACUCAGCACGCAAGAUAUCCAUUCUCAACGUUCCAGUGGGCUGGUAUUUUCUAUUAGUACGGUCAAGCAACAUCAUCAUUCACCCAUAAGAAAGACUAAACUCUUGUAACAUGUGACGC